GGCUACUUCCGCUAACUUGACAGUCAUUUUCGAGACGCUGCGAGUUUAUAUGGUUUCGUACUUUUAGUUUAAAUGUUAAUAGCUUUUCUGAAAUACUGCUGGAGAUGCAGAGAGAAGAAUAUCAGCUUCGUUGGUUAGAAGUUUUGAAAAGGAGGUUACAAAAUUCCAAGAAAGAUGAGAGAUGCAAAGAGGGAAAAAAAGCUGAGGAAGCUGAAAUGUUCAGCAAAUAUUUCACAGAAUGGACAAGAAGCUGCAACAAAGACGAGUCAUUCAAGAAAAUUCCUCGUUUCUAUUUCAGGUUACCAGCAGAACAUGAAGUUCUACUGCAGAAGCUCAGAGAAGAAUCCAGAGCUGUGUUCCUGCAGAGAAAGAGCAGAGAGCUUCUGGACAAUGAGGAGCUGCAGAAUCUGUGGUUUCUGCUUGAUAAGCACCAGGUUCCUCCUCUGAGCGGAGACGAGGCGAUGAUCAGCUACGAAGCCUUCCUGCAGGUCAGCGAGAAGGCCGGACCAAAGUGCGAAAAAUUCUUCACAGCUCGAGUCUACGCCAAGCUGCUCCACAACGAUCCAUACGGCCGGAUCGCAAUCAUGCAAUUCUUUAAUUACGUCAUGAGGAAAGUGUGGCUCCACCAGACCCGGAUUGGGCUGAGUCUGUACGAUGUAGCAGGCCAAGGUUACCUCAGAGAAUCGGAUUUGGAGAACUACAUCCUGGAGCUCAUCCCAACUCUGCCUCAGCUGGAUGGCCUGGAGAAGUCUUUCUACUCCUUCUAUGUCUGCACUGCUGUUCGCAAGUUUUUCUUCUUCCUCGACCCCCUGAGAACGGGAAAGAUAAAAAUCCAGGAUAUUUUGGCUUGCAGUUUUCUGGAUGACUUGCUGGAGCUGAGAGAUGAGGAGCUGUCGAAGGAGAGUCAGGAAUCCAACUGGUUUUCAGCGCCUUCGGCUCUCCGAGUGUACGGUCAGUAUCUAAACCUGGACAAGGAUCACAAUGGAAUGUUAAGCAAAGAUGAACUUUCCCGCUAUGGCACGGCAACUCUGACCUCAGUGUUCCUGGACCGGGUGUUUCAGGAAUGUCUGACUUAUGAGGGAGAGAUGGACUAUAAGACGUAUCUGGACUUUGUGUUGGCGCUGGAAAACAGGAAGGAACCGGCAGCACUGCAGUAUAUUUUUAAACUGUUGGACAUUGAGAAUCGAGGACACUUGAAUGUCUUCUCAUUGAACUACUUCUUCAGGGCCAUUCAGGAACAGAUGAAGAUCCACGGUCAGGAACCCGUGUCCUUCCAGGAUGUCAAGGACGAGAUCUUUGACAUGGUGAAGCCUAAAGACUCCUGUAAGAUCACGCUGCAGGACCUAGUCAACAGUUGCCAGGGCGACACAGUCGCUAGCAUCCUCAUCGACCUCAAUGGCUUCUGGACCUACGAGAACAGAGAAGUUCUAUUCAGCACCGACAACGACAGCAUCAGUACCAUCAACCCCGUCGACCUCUGAUACCUGAAGGGGUCGCAACAUGUCAGAUUGUAAAGGUCAUAUCUGGCUGAAGGAUUAGACUGUAGAAGGUAGUCUGGUGCUGCUGUGGUUUUGUUUAAAAACUAAAUAAAUAAGUUCUUUGCAUUAAGAAAAAAAGUGAUCACUGAAAAUAAGUUUUCUGUAAACUGAUUUUCUUAUAUAAGUCACAUCUUAAAAAUGUUUAUUUUUUCAAAGUUUCACUCAGAAAUCAGUCAAAUCAAAGUUGUUUAUUUUUGAUUAAUCACAAUAUAAAAGUAUUAAAUGUUCUUAAUUACAUUCAUUCCACAGAAGCAUCUUAAAUCGUUAAAAAGAAGCACAAACAAUUUGCGCAAAUUGAGUUUCAAUUUUUUUUUUUUUGUAUUUCGCAAAAAUCAGUGUAAAAUACAAAAAUAAUCAUUAAAAAAAACCUCACAAAUACAUCAUGUUUUUUUGUACUGCAGACUCAUUAUGGAAACAUUUACCCGUUUGUGUUAACACAAUUAUUAAAUAUUAGGUACCUUUAGUCAUGUGCACAGACAUCUGUUUACUUCUUCACAAUACCUUUUUAAUUAAUUCACAUCAACUAAAGCAGCUCUUGUUAACGCUCCACCAGAAGGAUCGAAAUCCAAAGAAAGACCCCAUCCAAAUAAAUAAUCUUCUAACCCAAAUCCAACUCACAUCAACCAUCCACCAUGAAUCCACGACAUGUUAAUAUUGAAA